AUGGUGACUCUCUUAUCUUUGGAGUUCACCUUACUCUCCUUGAUGGCAAGCAGGGGUUGUGACAUGAAGAGCUGGUCACUGAUAAUGGAGAGCGAGCAGCUCAAGGAAUCGAAUUUGUUUCGAUGCUGCAAGAUGGAGGGUGGUUCGCUUAACUGCGAUGAGCUAUCGCGAGAGUGA